GCUGGUACCUAUGCACCUAUGUAGGUAUACCGUAUGUCCUAUGGCAGCACAGAUUUUUGACAAGGCAACCACUCAGUCUCGUGUGCUUGCGGCCUCUGCGCCUCGCCAUUAAUACGCAUUGCUGAAGACAAGCAGAAGCAGCUGUCGAGCUGUCAGAACGGCCAGUGUGCUGCUUCCGCACAUUGCGGCCGCUGAACCAUCUGAGACACAUAUUUCCCAGAGCGGAUUGCAUCAACAUGGCUCCAGUGGGAGCAAAGAGGCCGCUAGAGGAACAAACUGCCUCGAAGGCCAACGCAGCACCUGCAGCAAAGAAGGGGCGCAAACCCAAGGUGCCCGCGGAGAUCAAGCUGCAGCCAAUCAAGAAGACCUUGAACGGGCAUGUCAAGACGCUGGCCAGAAUGGUGAACCGCGAUUGGCAUGAUGGUUACGAGGAGCAGGGAGAAGAGCUUGCCGCAUAUCUGGGCAACUUGUCUGCACCCCUUCAAGCAGUUUACGAUGUCGGGAUUGUGCAAAACACAGCGCAUAGUGCCUGUCACGAUGUCCUGAUGUGCAUUGCUGACACUUGGGAGAACAUGAAAAGCAUCCCCGCGAGGUGCGACAUUGAGGAGACCGCCAAAGAGAUGGGGGGAAACGAGAUCCAGAUUGCUCUGACCAAGUGGGAAAAAGACGCGACGAAAACGUUCCAAGGGACGCCAGUGGACCCUCUUGCCUACAUGUGGAGGCUCCUCCUGCAUAGUGCCGCCGCAAAUGCAGCGACAAAGGACGAAGAUCUCUUGCAGUGGAUCAAGGACGCAACUGACUACGGCGCCGACAUUCUCGACGACCAGGAGCCAGAUGACGACGAGGAAGAGCUCGUGAUAGUCAAUGUUGACAAGCACAUGAAGGCGGGUCUGGACCGGCUGAAGCAGUUGCAUGCGCAGGAGGACAAGUGGACGAGCCUGCCCACUCACAAGAAGGUGAACCCUGGCGCUCUGCUUUUCACUUUCUCCUCCUUUGUCUACUUUCUCAUCUUGCCCUUCUUCCCCAACCCCAAAAUGUGCACAAGACGAAGCGGGCGAUCGACCGACGUUUUGACGGGCCGAAGCACAUGCGGACUAGGGACUACUCCGAUGACGAGUUCGGCUUUUGGUAGUCAACUGAUUCGGUCAACUAAAAGGUCCGCAUGCAAAAUGAUACGACGCCUGGCAACCGCGUCAAGAGAUUUCCUGCAUAUAUGUAACCGCCACCAGUGA